CCGCAUCGUCUCUCAUCUCCAGAUCGAUUAUUGCCCAUCAUGAAAACCAACUCAUCCGCUCGCUGAUGCUGUCCGCGCGCGCGUGCCUCGCGUCACGAGCCGCGCCCCCUCCACGCGCGGCUGAGCCGUGGAGAUCAGACGGUCGGAGCAGGGCCGGCAGAGCGGCUCUCAGCGCGCAGCACAGCCGUCAUGAGCCGCUCCGGGGUCGGCGCGUCCGCGGAGGAGGCGGCGGCGGGUUAGGGGACUCCUGCGGUCUGCUGAUCUGAAUGUGUUGCUGUCCGCCUGCAUCAUGCUGUACUUUCAGUUGGUGAUCAUGGCCGGGACCGUCAUGUUGGCCUACUACUUCGAGUACACGGACACCUUCGCCGUGCACGUGCAGGGCUUCUUCUGCUACGACACCACCUACACCAAGCCGUACCUGGGGCCGGAGGACAGCAGCGCCGUGCCCCCCCUGCUGCUGUACGCCGCCGUGGCCGGCCUGCCCACGCUGCUGAUCACAGUAACGGAGACUGUGCUGUUCCUGGUCCAGUACACGUCCAAAGAGUUUGACCGAACAGAGAAGACGGUUGCCACGGGGGACUGCUGCUACCUCAACCCCCUGGUGCGCAGGACCUUCCGAUUCCUCGGAGUUUACACCUUUGGCCUCUUCACUGUUGACAUCUUCGUCAAUGCAGGGCAGGUUGUGACAGGGAACCUGGCGCCCUACUUCCUGACUGUCUGCAAACCAAACUACACAGCACUGGGCUGCCAGCAGACCCUCCGCUAUAUCAGCCACCAGGAUGCCUGCACCGGAAACCAGGAUGACAUCUUGAGGGCCCGCAAGUCUUUUCCCUCUAAGGAGGCCGCUCUCAGUGUAUAUGCUGCACUUUAUCUGGCUAUGUAUGUGACGUACACCGUGCAGGCGAAGGGGACCCGCCUGGCCAAGCCCGUCCUUUCCCUUGGACUCAUGUGUCUGGCAUUCCUAACCGGUUUGAACCGUGUGGCUGAGUACCGUAACCACUGGUCAGAUGUCAUCGCAGGCUUCAUCAUCGGCAUGGCCAUCGCCACUUUCCUGGUGGUGAGUGUCGUCCAUAACUUCAAAGGAAAGUUGCUGCUGAGUGAGGAGUCGGCGGCGGAUCAGCCGGCCAGCGCCGCCGUGCUGAGCAUGGGCCGGAUGGAGAGUCCUCUGGAGAAGUACAUUGCGUCACAGAAUCACAUCGCCUUCGCUGAGGUCACAUGACGUGGAGUCGGCAGUGUGGCAGACCCACUGGACGUCCACGCUCUUCACCGUCCAACCCUAAUAACCAGUCUCAGCACUGUGUGUGUGUGUGUGUGUGUGUACUGGUUGUUGAUCUGUGUUGUCUUUAGCAGGCCUUCAUGUUAUCUUUAAGGAGAGGCUGGAGGAACCUGCAGGUUCUUCUUUUCCAUCUAUGCACCGGUUCUCAGUCCUCGUCAGAGUCCAGCUUCCAAAAUCAGGCUGUUUGUGACGCCAUUCCCAGCAGGCACUCCGGAAGACAAGGAGUCAAGUUAGGAGGAGGAAGGCUCAUCCCAGUCCAGUCCAGUGCUGUGUAAAUCCUAGUCUGUGUGAAACCCCGCCCCAGCAGCAGGGGGGGCAGGCCUGUUUGGAUGUUUUCUGUUGAAGCAGUAAAAGUUGUAACUCCUCCCAGCAGCACAAAUGUUAAAGCGUGAAAACGCAGAGGCAGGACCUGACACGGAGUUCAGAUCCGCAGUUUCAGGAUGUGGCUUCCCUUUACUCAUGGACCGUUCAGGCCUGCUCUCAACUCCUCACAAAGUUGCUGCUUUUGCCUCCAGCCAACAGUUGACCGGCGCCACGCUAGCUGGCGUCUCUGCAGUAAAGCAGUGUCCUCAGGUAGAUUUGAGCUCAUUUGAAACAUGCAAGGUGGCAGCAUCAGCGACCAGCUUUAAACAGGAGCGUGCACAGCUGUGCUGCUCCACUGUGGGACUUUAAGAAGAACACAACUUACUAAAGCUUCUUGGUGUUUAUUGGUUGCUGUUCAGGUCUGCUCCUUUGACUUUUGUACAGUCCGUUUUCCCAGCAGAGGUUGUAAAAGAGUCAGGAGUUCAUGAUAAAUACUCCCUUCUGUUCAUUCCGUGAGUUUUUCAUAAUCAAUGCUUGUUAAUGUGAGUGUCCACAGUAAGAGGGAGAACACAGAAAUAUCUUUAAACCAUCUGACAGGAUGUGAACAAUCCAGUGAAGGUCAAACAGAGGAGAGGACUUCCCCGUGUAAACAGGAGUUCCCUGUUCCCACCAACGACCCGUCAGGCCUGUCAUCCAUGCAGGAGGAAGAGGUCGUCACGAAUGACUGAACCCCCCAUUCCUGCCCCCAAGCUUCCCAUCCUUCACACACAGUCCAGGCUGUGAGAGCUUUAGUCUCAGGCCCUCAUGAGAAGAUCAGGAGCAUCUGGUAAAGUUUUACUCUUUAAUAUUUAAUAAAGAUUCAGAUUUUUCAAUCAACCAAUAUUUUAAUUUUCCGUAAAGCAUAGAAAUGAAAGACAGGUGUCUUCAGCAGGGAAAUGUAGCACUUAAAUUGACUAAAUAAACUCCUCUGAGAUUCCUGCCAGCUGGAGCCUAUUUAAGAAGAAGGCUUAACAUAAUCUGACUAAAGUGAGCCGGAGCUGCUGUCGUUUACGUUGGUAAGGGUUAGUCUGAGUUUAUAACACAUGCAGACAAGAGAGCAGCAUCACCAGUGGAGCUUAGAGAUAAACGUCACCAUGGAAACAGCUAAACAAUAACUCAACCUGUCAGGGGAGGAGUCAAUCCUAACCGGCUUACUCUGAGCAUAAGCACAUUAGUCCAAAAUUCUUAUUUAAAAGAAGCAGUAGCACAGGUACAGAUGAACUCAUGAGGUCGUUCACAGAAACAUGACUCAUGCUCUUCAGAUCCUCUCUGACUAUCAUAAUCCUGAUUUUAACUUACCGGUACACAAUACAAUAAAACUGCUGUUUAUUUUUCUUCUGUUUUUUGGGAGAAUGUGAAAGUAGAAUUGAAAUGUCUGUAAGCAUUUUCUGCAUCUGCAAGCAAAACCUGCAUUUGCAAAAGCAGGUGUGAGUGUUUCAGCACAGCAGUUUGUCCUGAUGUCAGACGUGUGAGCAUGCGCGAGGAGCACACACACUCACACACACACCUGCAGACAAGAAAGCAAGAAUACUUGUGGCAGAUUAACGGCGUGAUAAGGGACGUAGCUUUGAGGGAUGAGGAGCCAGCGUUCCCCUCAGAGCCUCUGCAGCCCCCCCCGUUAGAGUCAGACUGACAUAUUUUAUUCCUGUUUUAAAUGUGUUACAACACUCCUGUCACUAAUCCGAACAACCCAUUUAAAACUGGCUCAUUUAUUCAUAGGAAGGGUUGGGUUUUUCUUCAUGAACGGUUAGGAGGGAGAUGUAGAAUCAUGGAGAUGUGAUCAAAUAUCCAAGCUUCUCCAGCAUCUGUGUUUCCUUCUGUGUCAGCUGACAUCGUUUGGGUCAGUGCCCCUCAACCCUCGGAGCAUUGACCGAUACCAGCCCGUGGGUCGCCUGAUACCUUACAACGUCACAGUGACAACUUACAUUAUUCCUGUUUGGUUUAUUUCUUCACUCUGAAGUCAAUUCCGUUUAGGAAAACUACCGGAUGCUGUCCUCCACAUCCACAUCCACGGCAGAUUCAUGCUUGUUAUAUUUAGAAAAUCCCUUUGGUGACAGUUGUGCUAUUUCAUUUUUUAUUACUCACACUUUAAAAUUUAAUUGAAUGGGUUUCACUGAAAAAGUACAGAGUUCAAACCACCUGCAGAUAGUUUACAGACUCAAGGUUCGAUGAUAUAACGAUGCUGUUAUGUGGAAGUGUUUAUGAUUGUGUAAGCAUUUAGGAAUUUUUCAACAGCAAAGAUAUUGAACUCUUUAACUUUGGAGCUCCAGUGUUUAUGUUCUUUAUUUAUUGCUACAGUACAGAAAAGAAUUGUCAUGUUAACGGUUGAGAACUUACAGUAUGUUCAAGAUUUUUUGUUUAAGCAGUUAAAAACGUUAGUCCAGAAAAUACUCUUUUGGCUCAAAGAGAAAUACACAGUGAUUCAAUGUAAAACAAAAGAGCAUUCAUCAUUUUGCUGUGACAGUGAAUCUGAGUCUGGAUUGAGUCAUUAUUGUUGAAAGUCUGUGAACAUGACAUCAAAGUGGUCUGAAGGUGGACCUCUGCUUGAGAGGGUCCAUGACGCCUGUCGUCUGUGUGUGAACAUCAGGUUCCUGUCAGUUCUGACAGACUCCUGAACUGAUGCUGUUCUCGUAACAAUUCACUGAUAUGUUUCUGUGUGUCAGAGCACCACGGCUGUGAUUUACAGUGUCAACGUGUGUUAGCAUGUGUUGUUUUGUGUUGACUGGAGUCACAAGGACAACGGCAGCCGGGCACAGACAUGGAGAAACACAAAGCUUUUCAUUGGCUGGAAGGAAGGUCACUGACCUUCAGUCCAGCUCCAAUCAUCUACCAGAGAACACGCUGAUGAGGAUCCGCUUCAGCUCACCGCAUGGAGACGCACAAACACAGGCAACAUGCACAACAACACGGACAACAACACAUAACAUCACGUA